AUGAACCCUCUUGUUCAGGGUCAUCUCAUCUGGCGUCAAGAUUGCACUCUACCACGCUCAAGUACCACUAGUAGUCAAAGACAUAACUUGGCUCUCCUUAGCUCUAUAUCCAAAUUUGGUGCCACCUUUUGUUGCGGGAAUGCAAUCGGCUUUGUCCUCGUCCGGGAUACUCGGUCAAGGGGCGUCUCCCAUCACUCCUUUGACGCAUGUUGUAUAACUCGAAGCGUCGUCCCAAUGGUCCGCACUUUGGCACACUUGCUUCGAUUAACGCCUGACCAGGAGGUCGUCAUCAAGAUGGACAAUACCCUGCUUCACACCUUUACCUAUCUAUGGUCCGAGAUCAAAGCCCUGACACCAGAAGGCUACACGAUCCUCUUCCUCCUCAUCCUCAUCCUGCGCUACACCCGGAUUAACAACCCCAACCGCGCCGGUCAAAGUUACAGACAAAUCCUUCCAAGAAGCAGAAACGGACGCUACACCCAAAGAGACGUUACCGUCAUCCUUCCGACCACCAACCCGGGAAGCGACUCCUUUGCCGAGUCCAUUGUCAGCAUCCUCCAAUGCCGCCCCUACGCCGUCCUGGUCGUGACCGUCCAGGGUCCCAUCGCCGUCCAGACCCAGCGCGUCCUGGAAGCCUACCGCCACGCGUACCCGAAUAUCCGCAUCGGCCUCGCGGCAACCGCGGACACCAGUGAGAGAGUGCGCAUCGCCCACGCCGUGCGCAAGGUAGCCACCCACAUCACCGUCCUCGCCGACGACUCCGUCUCCUGGCCCCUCACCGUCGUCCCGUGGCUCCUGGCCCCUUUCCAGGAAGACGACAAAGUCGUCGUGGUCGAUAUCGAGAAGCGUCUCCGUAGAGUCGGCGAGGGGAGUUGGACCUUCGCCUCGGCCGUAAACUUUCUGGCCUGCAUGUGUUUCAUUCGGCGCGCCCACGAUCUGCGCGAGGCAUCUAGUGGUCGCGAAGGCGGCUACAGUCUCGUCACCUCGUUCCUGCCUGCCCCCUCCGGACGCACUACGGCGUACCGCACCGCCUUUCUAGACGACGAGGCCAUCCAGGCCCGGCUCCGCGACACGGAAAGGCCCCUCUCGGGCGUCUGGGGGUCAUAUCGUGAGGGGAAGAGGCCCUCCCAGGAUGAAGCCGACGACAUCGACAUCGAGACGUUCCUCGCGCGCGAGGCCGUCAAGAGGCGAGGCGCGAAACUGGUCUUCCAAUCCACCUUCCUGCCCCUCAGCCAAGACCCCGUCGUCGAAGUCAUCCCGGCAGUCGUCACCAUGCCUAUCCUGGGCGACAUGCUCCUCCGCGACGCGAGACGCUCCGUCCGCGCCGCCCUCGCCGCGCUGUGCUGUCCGAGCCUCCUGUUCCGGAGACCCGAGUCGUACCUUCUGUCUGUCCUGACGGCGUUUCUCGAGCUGCCCCUGGCGUGGGACUGGGCGCUGCUGUGGACCUUCGCGCGCGGCGGGCUGCUCUGCCGGUACGUGGACGUGCAGAACGGGACGACGACGACGCACUGGUCUCGGGGCCGGUUUCUGGCGCUUUGCGCUGUGAUGGUGUUGUUCAAGUACCUUCGUUUUUCGUCUCACUUUGCCCGUUACCCGCGCGACCUCCUUUACCUCCCUCACCAUUUCGUGUUCGGCUUGGUGCAUCUUUUCAUCAAGAUUUGGGGUUUGUUCACUUUCAAAGAUGAUGCUUCGCGUCGUCAGACCUCGGACCGGUUGAGCGGUCCGGCUGAAGGAUUUGUCGGAGAUAUCAACUCGUGGAAUUUUCGUGCUGUGCUGUGA